GUUACCAAAUCCAAAUCCAAAUCCAAAUCCUCCCCUUUAUAUUUUGUCCCUCAAAAUCUCCCUUUUCACUAUUUCCCUGAUCAUCUUUACCAACAAUAAUGGCGACUCUCACCACUCCCCAACCCCCACCCUCCCCCCGCACCGACGCCAUCGCCCUCCACAAAGCCUUCAAGGGCUUCGGCUGCGACACCUCCUCCGUCAUCUCCAUCCUCGCCCACCGCGACUCCAUCCAACGCGCCCAAAUCGCCCGCGAGUACCGCACCAUGUACUCCGAGGAUCUCUCCAAACGCCUCUCCUCCGAACUCAGCGGAAAUACCAAAAACGCCCUCCUCCUCUGGACCCCCGACCCCGCCACCCGCGACGCCACCAUCGUACGUCACGCCCUCACCUCCUCCGACCUCCGCGCCGCCACCGAGGUCAUCUGCUCACGCACACCCUCCCAGAUCUCCCAGUUCAAGCAACUCUACCACACAAUGUUCAACACCCAACUCGAACGCGACGUCGGAAUGUUCACCUCCGGCGACCUCAAGAACCUCCUGCUGGGUUUCGUCACCACUCCCAGAUACGAAGGCCUGGAAUUCGACAGGCUAGCUGCAGAGAACGACGCCAAAUCUCUAUACCGGGCCGGAGAGAAGAGACUUGGGACUGAUGAGAGGAAAUUCAUUGAAAUCUUUACCGGACGAAGCCGUUGUCAUCUGAAUGCGGUGAGCUCGGCUUACGAGAGCAUGUAUGGGAAUUCGCUGAGGAAGGCGGUGAAGAAGGAGACUUCGGGGAACUUUGAGCAUGGACUGAAGACGAUUCUGGAGUGUGCUGAUCAUCCGGGGAGGUAUUUCGCUAGGAUGCUGCAUAAGGCGAUGAAGGGUUUGGGGACGGAUGAUAGUACAUUGUUGAGGGUGGUGGUGACGAGGGCGGAGAUUGAUAUGGUGUAUGUGAAGAUGGAGUAUCAGAAGAAGUAUGGUAAGAGUUUGAGUGAGGCUGUCAAGUCUGAGACUUCGGGGAAUUUCAGGGCGUUUCUUCUGGCUCUAAUAGGUCAUUGA